CCCCUCCAAAAAUAGGGCACCCCUACAAAAUUCACUCAGCUACUUAUUCACAUAUACCACCCAUUCAUUAUUGUGUAUUAUAUAACCCUCAAUUAGAACACUUGCACACCCCUAUUUUAUAGUAGAGCAACCCAAAACCUCCAUCUCAGUUGUCAAGCAUGUGGUUGGUCAUCAUUACCUUGUUGAUGCCCAUACAAGCUACAUGUGACUGACAAUUGUUUCUCUCUUCAUUAUUAUUUACAGUUUAACGCCCAUCCCACCCAGGGAGGGGUAACAUUUUGGCGACCCUGCCAGGACAGCAACUUUCGAUGUAAAUCUUUAAGACUGCUGUCUAAGGACGACCACCUGGAAUCGGUGAGGAUGCGACCAGGCCCAUUUGAAGUAUAAACAUCUGAACUCAAAUCAUUGAUGCUGUGAAGGUGACUGGAAGAAAGCUGUGGACAGGGAACUGCAAGACUACCUAAAAGAGUUCUAAAAGGGCAAACCAGUGGUAGUUGGACCAGUCAGAGGAUCCACAGCAUAGCUUUCGUCAACAUGGCAGACAUCGAGGAUUUGGUGUUCGAGGUGGAGGAGGCGAUAUUUGGUCUGGCAGUAGGACAACUGCCAAUGGUUUGCACCCAUCUAGCUAUCCCAUCAUCGGAGACAGAGGGGAAGCCCAGGAAGUUUCUGGUCCGUCGACUUCAACGGCUAGUGAGGGAGCUGGGAGACAAUGAGGCUGGUGCGGCCACGUUGGCUGCAUUAAAGGACAUUCUGCAAGGGUUGAAGGACGAGAGUCUAGAAGAGGUACCAGACUUGCACCUGCCUGUUGUAAAAGAUGCGGUGGAGGAGAAGCCUUCAAUUCCGGUUCCGGUUCAAUCCAUGCAGAUGAUCAGAAAGGAGCUGCGAAUCAGUGGUCAAGUGGGUGAUUCGAGUCACAAGGACAGGCUUACUCUAUCUAGCCUCAACCACCAGAUAGAUGCAGCCCUUUUGAAAGGAUAUUCAGAAGCUGAGGUGGUUGAGAGUGUUCUAAAGGCCAUUCACCCCAGCCUAAGGCUUCGAUCGUAUUUGGAAAGCUGCUCCAACCUCAAUCUUGGUACUCUAAAGGCAUUUCUAAAAUCGCAUUAUCAGGAGCAGGAUGCAACUGAAUUGUAUCAAGAGCUUUCUCAGGCAACCCAGGGGAAGACUGAAUCAGCACAGAGCUUCGUGAUGCGGGCUCUGGAUCUGCGCCAGCGGAUAAUCCGAGCCUCCGAGGACACAACAACUGGGCUGAAAUAUGACGUCAGCCUGGUGCAGAAUAUGUUUAUUCACACGAUCAUUACUGGGUUGUGCAAUGACCAGAUCAGACAAGAUCUUAAGUCAUCUUUGUCUGUCGCAACCAGUGAUGAGGAACUCCUGGAAAAAUUGCACACUGCAGUUGCCCUGGAAUCAAAGCGGCAACUGAAAGCUGGGAUCAGACCCGCAGCACGGGUGAAUGUCAUCACGGAGGACAAUGCAGAACCUGCAAAGCAAAGGAAUAAGAGCCAGCACCCGGAGUUUGAGAUGAUGAAGGGCUUUGCGGCACAACUGGCCGAACUCAAAGCGUGUGUGGCAGCCUUGCAGGAUAGGACACCUGCACCGGGACCAACGCCGGCAGAUGGCAGGCCGCCCCGGCCUAAGGGAUGUGAGAGAUGCCGAGAGCAAGGUCGGGGAAAUGACUGCCGUCAUUGUUUCAAGUGUGGUUCAUCUGAACAUUAUGCCCGUGGAUGCAGGAAGAGGAACCAGGGAAACGGGCAAGGGUCAACCCGAGGGGACCGGGUUUAACCCUAAUUGAUCAGCUCCCCAAAGAGAAUGUGGCAUUGAACCAGAUGUACUCAACCCCAAGACCCCGGAAACUUGUUGAACUCGUUGGAGAACGCUGCCUGGUAAAAUGCACCAUGAACGCCAUGGAUGCAACAGCGUUGUGGGACACAGGAGCUCAGGUG